GUGGGAGGACACUUUCGCUUUUACCGUGCAUCCUGGGCUGUCGGCAGCGAUUUAUAAGCUAAACCGGAAGUUUAACAAAGUUGUUUUUUAAAUCCACUUUUUGUUUUAAUUGCGGGGUCCAAAUAGCGAAUAUGAGCUCCUCGGGCUCUCUGACAAUUGGGGAGCUAUUCCAUACACUUGGUGAAAUGGGUUUCACACCCGAACAGAUCCAGGCAGCUGUGCAAGCUGGUCAUUUUUCCGUCACUGAUGCAGCUGAAUGGCUCCUGCAGGGUAAUCAGCAUCCACGUCACAGUUUGCACAAGCGGCCGACAGCGCCGGCGGAAACUGCGUUUGCGGCUUUCAACCCUCCGAAAAAGUCGAAUGCCACGUCCCAUUCGGACGCGUCUGACGCUGACUGUCUGGCAGGAGGCUCACUAGCGCUGCAGAAGUCGUCACCUCCCUCCAGAGAGCUGCCCCCUGUCGAAUCGCGCAUCAAACAGGACAAAAGUGAUUUUGAGGAGCAGCAAAGACAGCGCGUUGCUCAGAAGGCCAAAGCGGAGCGACAACAGAAAAAACAGGAGCGAGAGAUGGUCCUUAAACGCAUCGCUGACGAUCGAAAAAGCUUGCAGGAGAAAAAAUGCAGCAUAUCUGGCUCUGAGGCAUCGACAUCAGGGUCCCCGGCUACUCCCGGUCAAGGUCAAACUCUUGGAGGGAAAGUACAAACUAACUUGGACAACAACUGUAUCCUAAUGAUCCGGCUGCCAUCCGGUGAUUCCAUGCGUGAACGCUUUCCAGCGGACACGCCGCUGCGCAGCGUCAUGGAACACAUUAGCGAAUGUCACCCCUCCCUCCCCAAAUUCUGUCUCCUCCAGGGGUUCCCAAGGAAACGUUUCGGGGAGGCUGAGCUGGACUGCUCCUUGCGCUCUCUCGGGCUCACCCCCAACGCCGCCCUUUGUAUUCAGACCACUCCUCCUGGGACUCCAGAGGACGUGGUUGAACCGCCCCCCGUUGUGCAGGAACGGCAGGUGCCAGCCCAAGCAGUGACAGGAUCACCGGAUGUCGUCGUACCCCCUUUGCUACCCAACAACGUUUGGGAAGAAGCCGCUAGUCUGGCAGGUAUCCCUGGAAGCGGUCGUCUGCAUGGACCCUCCCACAUUUGGGGGCGGGGACAAAAGUUGGUUCCUGCAAACCCAGAGGAUGGCUCUGAUGUCCAGCUUGAAGAAGAAGAGGAGAAUGAUGAGGAAGAAGAAGAAUCUGACGAAGGAGAAGCUCAACAUUUGCUUAAUGGUUUGCCACGUCCUCCUUUCUUCGUGGAGAACCGGAACCGCGGCGCCUUUGAGUCCAGACACCGCUGGCCGGCGCAAGGCAACCGACUCAGGGAGGACGAGCCGGCGCAUGCACCGGCUCACGAGCCGGAGAACGUCGAAGUACGAGCGGCGCCCGGUGCUGCCGGGCAAGCCGCCGUGGAGAGGCAGCAGAGGGCGGCGCGGCUAGAGGACCCCGGAAACAGCAGCGGGGGGCAACCACUGCCCCCCAAGAGGUCCUUCCAGAACCCCCGCCUCUUGUCGUUGUGUGCCUUGGCUACGCGCGCCACCAUACAACUCAUGACAGCACCCAGUAUGCAAUACUGCAGCAGCCUAGCGGGCCUGACGCCCGAGCUAGCCGAAGUCCUUCUCGGCCACAUGGCGGAGAGGCGGCUGCUGCGUCCGCGUAGUUUGGAACUCUUCUUUGGCUGCCCGCUACAAAAGCUGGUCCUCAACUGCUACCCGUAUGCCACCAACGAGCUGUUGCGCCAGCUACGCGCAUUCACCGCGCUCAAACACCUCAGCCUCGUCAGCUCGCCGCUCAUAACUGAUUCUGGCCUGUCAAUCCUGUCCAGUCUCGUCAAACUGCAGUACCUCAACUUGGCCUCUUGUUGCAAACUGACCGACUCAUGUCUGCAGUACAUAACAGGGUUGAAAAGUCUUUGCUUCCUGUCGCUGGACCAGACCAGAGUGACGGACGCGGGGGUGGCGCAGUACCUGCGCUCGGCACCGCCGUGCCUCUCACAGCUCAGCGUCAACCAGACAACGGUCGGCGAGGCUACGCUAGCAGCGCUGCCCGCGUGCGUGCCGCAGUUGCGCAUGCUGAGCAUUAAGCUGACUAAGGUGUCGGACGUGUCGGCGCUGUCCGAGCUGACAAGCCUACAGACUCUCAACCUGGACGGCACGGCGGUGACGGAAGCCUCUCUGGCUCGACUGGGUUCCCACCCGUCGCUCUCGUCCCUCAGCCUGGCGGGGGUGCGCGUGUCAGACGGCGACCGCGUCCUCGAGAUCAUCUCGGGACUGCCGUUGACUCACCUGACGCUACCGGGUCGUCACUUGGUGAAGGACAGCGGCUUAGUGUUCCUUUCACGACUGCGGAUGUUAGCGGAACUGGAUUUUACAGAUUACACGCAUGUCACGGAUCAAGGAGUUCAGCACCUCGGCGUUCUGACCAGGUUGAAGAAGCUGUCGCUGAGCAACACCCAAGUGACGGACGCAGGGCUCCUUUCAUUGCGCCCUCUGGUGGAACUGCUGGAGUUGUGUUUGGACCGGACGACAGUAAGCAGCAGAGGCGUGGCGGCACUUAUUACCUGUCUGCCACAACUCCAGGUAUUGGGCUUAGCUAGCACUCAGGUGGGCGACAACGUCGCUAGGAGAGGUCUCGUCCACUGCCCGCAACUGCUUAAAUUAAAUCUCAGCCGCACCAGAAUCACAGAUAACGGUGUCAAGUUUUUUCCACGAACGCAUCUGACUCAGGUGAACCUAGACAGUACAGGCGUGACCCUGAUGGGGGUCGCCACCCUGCUAGCUUCCACGCGCAUUAGCAGCAUACGCGCUAGCAACAUGCGCCCCAUACCGCUCGACGAGGUGUCCGACGAGGAGUAGGACCAUCGUGAACGUUCACAUGAUGUAAAGUCGCGUUGUAAUUUUAGAACAUUUGUUAGUUUUUAGUCAAAAAUGACAAUCUAGCUUUUUGUUCAAUUAAAAACAACACUCCACAUUUUUUCCCCUUGUUUAUUCAGAUGAACCUUUAUUGCGUUACAUUGUUAAAUAAGAAUUUCUGAUUUUACACUAAAACAAACUUUUAAAUGACGUAAAAGCUGUUGCGGAAAUGGACUAACUGAAAUUUUUGGUGGCGGCGGAGAACGUAAAAACUGAUGAAGACGACAGAACGGGCUCCACGAUGCAGUGAGAAUCGGCCAAUCAGCGUGCACCCUGGAGGGAAGGAUACGAAGGCGUUAGCCUGCGUUCUGGGCUGAACGGGAAGCAUGGUAGGAAAGAGGCUCACGUUAAAUGUCAUGCGCUUGCUGCUUUUCGAUCUUGGAUUUCAAGUGCUCCUUGUACGCCAGGAUGUCGCGUUUCCACUUGGUGAUGGUUUGCUUCUCGCAUACCCAGAUUUCUUGAGCAACCUGCGAAAAUCAAGCGAGCAGUUCAUAAAAAAAUUUUUUUUUUUUUUUAAUGCAGAGUGGAUUUGAGAAAAGUGACACAAAAUCGCUACCGUGAGGCUUUGCCAAUUAAGUGUUAUUCAUGAUUUUUUUUUUUUGAGAAGUCACUUUGAGACUUUUGUAGUAUUUAAUAUUUUAGCUUUUUUGUACAGAAUAUAUCCAAUAAUACUUGUUCUCCCCACUGUAUAUACCAAGAAAUGUUUGUUGUAAUUGCAGACAGUUCAUGAAAUUAUCAAAUAUAGCACAAUCACUUACUAAUAAUAUUUAAAUCCUCUUAAUAGAGCAUACGAAACUUUAAAUGCUAAAUUUCAAGUUAAAAAUUGAAAUUAAAUUCUAGUUUAUUCAAAUAGCUACAUUUUCCAUGAAAUGUUAAUUGAUUAAAUUGUAUUUGUAUCCAUGACAUUAAACAGCAAUUUCUUUUUUGGAAAAAAAAAAAAAGUAUUUACUUUGUAGGAUAUAAAUACAUAUAUUCAUUCAUUCAUUUUCAAUGCCGCUUUUCCUCACGAGGGUCGCGGAGGUGGUGGAGCCUAUCCCAGCUAACUGCGGGCAGUAGGCAGGGUACACCCUGAACUGGUUGCCAGCCAAUCGCAGGGCACAAGGAGACGUACAACCAUUCGCGCACACACUCAUACCUACGGUCAAUUUAGAGUGUUCAAUCAGCCUACCAUGCAUGUUUUUGGGAUAUGGGAGGAAACCGGAGUUCCCGGAGAAAACCCACGCAGGCACAGGGAGAACAUGCAAACUCCACACAGGAAGGCCGAAGCCCGGGAUUGAACCCUUGAUGUCAGAACUGUGAGGUGGACGUGCUAACCACUCAGCCACCGUGCCGCCUAAAUACAUAUAAUUCAUCAUUACAGUACAUUUAGACAUAUUUCUAUAUACAAUCCAAUGCAUAAAAAAAAAAAUGCUCAUACACUUUCAGGGGGGCUAUUUUCACAACUUAAAAUUCAAAAUAUUUUCAAAACUAAAGCCACUAGUGACCCAAAACCAUAACAGGCACCUCCCUAAGGCUUAUACGGGUCUCCAUGAGCAGCGGCAAAAAAGUGAGUCGUUCCUUCGAUUAAUUUUUUUUAAAAUACAAGUAUAACAAAACUUAAAAUGGCUAAAAAAUUCUUAGCUUUUACGCUAGAUGCACAAAAAUCACCAAAUGCAGAAAUAAUCACCUAUAUUUUCAGGAUCAAUGGCAAUAUUUAACACAAGUUUUUGCCCGACAUAGCGACCCUAAUUUUUUUUUUUUUUUUGUGCAAGCAAAAUUUGCAUUUUUCUAUAUACAGUCACAACCCAUUUCGGUAGAAUUCUGAUGGUCACUAUUACCUCAGCACGUCUUGUCGGCUAUCUGGCCCUCGUCUUUAGAUUAAAAUGUUACGUAAAAGAUUUCAUUUUGUUUGGACGCAGAAAUGCCUAAUUCCUAUUUUUUUGCCCAAAAACUGACAGUUGGCCGAAAAUUACCUUAUUUGAAUGUAAAGUUACGCCAUCGCAAAAUAAAGAGCUUUUUAAGUUGAAAGUUCUUGUAAAUAAAUAUGCAAAUCCCGAAAUUUCUAUAGAUAUGAACGUAAAACAGUCUAGAUCAGUGGUUCUUAACCUGGUUUCGAUCGAACCCCAGGGGUUCGGCUACGGUAAAAAAAACAAAAAAAACAGCCCUAUUUUCGUACGCUGAUUAAAUCUAGGCAAAAAGCUUUUAAGACCAGGUUUUGGACUAGUUUGCUCCCAAUUUACAGGCUGAAUCCAUUUUUUUAACCGCUAGUCCUCGAUCUGAUGAGAGGAAGAACUGGUUUGCUCAGUGGUAGGUUAACUCAAACUUAGUAUGAGGGAAUACAACAGAUCAAUGGGCAGUGUGGUCUUGAGUUUAGACUUCUUUAUAAAACAUGCUGUCAAUAUGAAAAAAUUUGAACGGGAAUUUGCUAAAUUAUUAACUUGCUAGCUUAGAUAUAUCUGUUUUAAAUGUGAUUUUUUUUUUAUUCUGAAGGGUUCGGUGAAUUCACUUGUGAAACCUGUGGUACCAUGAGCAAGGUUAAGAACGACUUGUCUAGAUUCUUGGUUACAAGCAAAAAAAAAAAAAAAAAAAAAAAAAAAAACGGGCAGUUAUCAUUCAUCUUACAUAAAUAUUUCAAGCUUAAGUUAUGCUAUUUUUUCCCCACUAAAUGAAAUUUUUUUCACUACAUUUUUCAAGUACAUGCAUCGUGCCAUUUUAAAUAUUACCUUGAAUCCUUAACACCAUCACUCGAGACACUCCUGCCUGCUUGUAUGCGCCAAUACUAUCAUCUGUUUCCACCUAAAUCCGGGGUUAGAACGCAGCGCGUCCGAGUUUACCACAGUGAAAGCUGCCACGACGCGCUGCCUGGCCCAGCCCCCUAUGGGAAGCCGUGGCGCAAUGUCUGGAGGAGCCGUCUCGUCAACUGAUAGUGAAGUCCAUGAUAUAAAUUGUCUCUUUUGAAGUAAAUUAUUUUAAAAUACAAGUACUAUAUCACAAAAAGUGGGAAUUUAUUUUUAGAUGUCAAUGGCACCCAAUGAGUUCAAACGCUUGCAUUAGCACGAUAUAGAGGACCUACCUGCUGUAUGAGCCUGAAGUCGUGGCUGACGAGCAUCAUGCCGCCGUCGAACUCGUUGACUGCCUCUGCCAGCGCGUCGAUGGUCUCGAUGUCCAGGUGGUUGGUGGGCUCGUCCAGGAAGAGCAUGUGCGGGUUCUGCCAGGCCAGCCAAGCGAAGCACACGCGGCACUUCUGCCCGUCCGACAGGUUGCGAAUCGGGCUCACCUGGAAAAGAUGAAGACUCAGCUCCGUUGCAAUGCUUCCCGGCACCGGCACUUCGUACCUGCUGCUUCCCCGUGAGUCCAUAGCGGCCGAUGAUCUUCCUCAUCUCCUCCUUCUCUUUGAUUUCGGGGAAACAUUUCAUCAUGUACUCCAGGGGUGACAGGUCAAGUUCCAGCUGCUCUGUCAGAUGCUACCACAAAAACAGACACUUUCACUGCUACAGUCACAUUUCAAACAUGUCCAUUUUAUAAAAAAUUUAUUUGACGCUUUCCUACCUGGUGAUACCGACCAAUCUUGACGUGAGAAUGUUUGCGGAUCAUGCCGUCAGUGGGUAGCAGCUAAAAAGUAAAACAAUUUCUCUUAAGAAUAAACUGACUACCAAAAUAGAUGGGGUUUAAUUUGAUAGAAUGUCGAUUAAUAGCACUAAUUGAGAUCAAAGUGUUUACCUCUCCCAUGAGCAACUUGAGGAGGGUUGACUUUCCCGCACCGUUGGGCCCCACCAAAGCCACCCGGGUGUCCAAGUCGAUACCAAACUCCAGGUUUUUGUAUAUGUGUGGCUGCAUUUAAAAAAAAAUACAAGACCGUAAGAACGGAUUGAUUAAAAAUAUUUUUAAAAAGUUGUGCAUGCGUGCUCACCAUGUUGUCACCAUACUUGAAGCUCACAUUCUGAACCAUGAUAACCGGAGGAGGGAUCUUCCCACAGGGAGGAAAAUAAAAUGACAGCGUCUGCAAAAACAAUCUGUUAGCAAGCAUACAAAACAAGCUGACAAAAAUAUUUAUGUAUCCGACAUUACCUUGUCAUUCACAACUUUUUCAGUGAGGCCCGAGGCCACCAUCUUCUGCAGCGUCUUCUCUUUGCUCUGCGCUUGUCGGGCUAGCUUAGCGGAACCGUGACCGAACCGGGCGAUGUAGUUCUGUAAAAAAAAAAAAAAAAAAAGUGAAAUUAAGUACAAGCUACAAAUCCACCAGAAAGGGAUGUAAUUUGUAGUGCUGUCAAAUUUAUCGUGUUAACGGGCGGUAAUUAUUUUUUAAAAUGUAUCUAGUCAAAAUAUUUGACGCAAUUGACGCAUGCAUUGAAUGACCCGUUCAUGCGUUGCCUCAAACAGUUUACUACGACGCUGUUUUAGCACAUUGAGAGCGAAAAGGCAGAGAAAUGCGAGUGGACACAGGCGUUCAUUGGCCUACAACUUUUAUUGGCUUGGCAACUCUUUCACAACACAUACAAGUAUUGUGGCGAACGACGCGGGGAAGAACGACAGGAGACGGGCUUAAUUGAACACAACGCAGAACAUAAUGUAUACCAUUUGAAGCCACCACUGACAGUUAUGGUUGCCCAAUUUCCCAUCAUGCAUUUGGGCGGAACAGUUAAGUUGCUUCUAGUAAAUGCACAACAAAACUAAUAUUCCUCUCUCUCACAGGAGAACUUUUUCUUAACUCGCUUCAUUGAACACAAUGCAGAACAUACGGUAUACCAUUUGCAGCCACCACUGACAGCCAUGGUUGCCCAACUUCCCAUCAUGCAUUUGGGCGGAACACUUAAGUCGCUACAGUAUCAUUUAGUGAAGCACAACAAAAAAUGAUAUUCCUAUCCCUCAAGAAAAUAAUGUUCACAAAAAGAAAACCGCCCAAUGCAAAGAGAACUGGCAUUCCUAAUCAAAAUAGCUAUGCAAAAUAAACAUAAAACUUAAGACUUUGCUUGGCUUGAUUUCUCAAGUAAUUUAAAACUCGCCAUUGACACCUUGUGGUGUAUUUCAAUCACUAUCUUACGCAGUUAAAAGACACUGUGGAAGAACGGCUGUGACAUUACCCCUUGGCGAGGUCAACAAUGGCGAGCUACUAGUUGAUUUUUUAAAAUGAAAAUUUUACAAAUUUUGUUAAAACGAAAAAAGGGGGGUUUUAAUAUAAAAUUACUAUAA